AUGUCUGCAAUCACACCACCCGCUCCAUUCAACCCAACCGGGGAAGAUUGGGAAGCUUACAUGGAGCGAUUCUAUAUGUUCAUGGAGGCGAACGAUCUGCUGAGCUUAUCAGAGCAGAGGAAGAGGGCCCUUUUCCUCACCCAUUGCGGCCCGGCAGUGUUUAAAAUGGCAAAAGCGCUCGCCGCCCCAGCCGAUCUGAAGACCAUGACCUGGACAACGUUGCAAGAAAUACUCAAGGCACACUACGCACCACAAGCAUCAUCCCUGGUAAGAAGGCAUGAGUUUUAUCGGAGGGACCAAAGAGAGGGAGAGACAAUCAGUGCGUUCGUGGCGACCUUGUGGGAAAUAGCUGCCGCAUGCGAUUUCCUGAAUCUAGAAGAGGCCAUGAGGGACCGUCUAGUACUGGGACUGAGGGACCUCACGUUACAGAGUAGGUUGCUGGCCUGGCCUCAAAUUACAUUCAAGGAGGCCUUGGAAGAAGCAUCCGCAACCGAAGCUUCCCAGAAAUCGGCGGCAGCUAUGAAGAAAAUGAAAAACGGGCCGCCCGUAAAGGAGGAGGCGGCCGUGCACUAUGAAAGAGUGGAAUCGGAUUCGGAGGAAGAGGACGAGGAGGAUGAAGUCCAUCACCUCCGAGCCGAUCGCAAGGAGAGACAACAGGGGAAGAGAGAGGCCUGGUGCUCGGGAUGCGAAGGGAACCACCCGAGAGCCGAAUGCAGAUUCCGGGACGCUAUCUGCCAAAGAUGCGAAAAGAAAGGGCACAUAGCGAGGGUCUGCAGGACAUCCCAGCCAGCCUCAAGGAGGACCAGACCCCCCCGAUCGCCAACAAACAACAGAAAAUUCCAGACAAGUGGGAAGAGACAACCGUUUGGGCAAGGACAAAGAAACGAUGACCAUCGGGUGGAUCGAGGCGAGACCCAUCAAACCAUCGUGAUCGGCCAUGCCAGCGCGGGAAGGGCAAAUAAGAUGGCGGCAACAGUCUUGAUCGAGGGGAGACCCUGCAGAAUGGAGGUGGACUCGGGAUCCAGCCUAUCGAUGGUAUCCUGGACAACAAUCAAGAAGCUCCUGCCACACAUCACAGCCCGCGACCUCAAACGACAGCGCCUCACCCUCAUCGACUACCAAGGGAACCGAAUUCCUGUGGUAGGCAUUGACAAGUUCAACGUAGCCUACAAGACAUUCAAAGCCACGCUACCCCUCACAAUUGUGGACAGAGACCGGCCCAGCCUGCUGGGCAUGGAGUGGUUCGAGCCAUUGGGGCUAGCCAUCACCGGCGUCGAUCACAUUGGAAACGACACCUGGGAGGAGGACCUGAUGAGGGAGUUCGCAGAGGUCUUUAACAACGAGCUAGACAAGUACAAAGGGUCCCCAAUCUCAUUCAAUUUAGACCCCCAGGUAGCCCCAUUCCGAAUCAAACCCCGGAGAGUCCCUUUUGUGCUACGGCCAAAAAUAGACGAACAAUUAGAUAAACUGGUCGUGCAGGGAGAGCCAAUAGACCACGCGAGAUGGGAAACCCCCAUCGUGACACCGAUUAAACCGGACGGGUCAGUACGCUUGUGCGGAGACUAUAAAAGUACAUUAAAUAAGGCGCUCCAACAAAGCGCAUACCCUGUACCAGUAGUCCAACACCUCUUGCAUUCCUUGGGGAGGGGAAGAAUCUUCGCAAAAUUGGAUUUAGCACAAGCAUACCAGCAGCUGCCCGUAGAUGAAGCCACCGCGGAAGCACAAACCAUCGUUACACACAGGGGCGCAUUCAAAUGUAAGAGACUGCAAUUUGGGGUGAGUGUAGCACCCGGGCUUUUCCAAAGCCUGAUGGAACGACUCCUACAGGGAAUCGAGGGAGUCGUCCCAUAUUUCGACGAUGUAUUAAUAUCAGCAAGGGACACGACUCAAUUGAAGCAGCGGCUGAGGGAGGUGCUGACAAGGUUCCAAAAAGUGGGACUCAAAGUUAAAAGGGACAAGUGCCAACUAGCAGAGACUCAGGUCGAGUUCCUGGGAUACUUGAUAGAUGAGUCGGGAAUUAGACCCACCCCCGGGAAGCUGAGAGCGAUCAAGGAAGCACCCCCCCCCAAAAAAAUAAAACCGAACUGCAGGCAUUUUUGGGGUUCGUUCGAAGACAUAAAGAACCUUUUAACGUCAGACAGAGUUUUAGUGCAAUACAGCGGGACAUUACCCAUAAGACUAACUUGCGAUGCAUCCCCCUUCGGCAUCGGAGCUGUAUUGAGCCACAAGAUGCCUAACGGAACAGAGGCCCCCAUUGCAUUUUUCUCCCGGACUUUGUCAAAACCCGAACGGAACUAUAGCCAAUUGGACAAAGAGGCGUUAGCCGCAGUAGCCGGAAUAAAAAGGUUCCAUGAGUAUCUCUACGGUCGGAGUUUUGAACUAAUAACCGACCACAAGCCAUUGUUAGGCAUCAUAGCAGGGGACAAACCAACACCCCCCGUUUUGUCGCCCAGAAUGCUAAGAUGGGUGGAGUUUCUGGCGGCCUACAACUACACACUGCUCCACCACCCGGGAAAAUCAAUCGACCAUGCAGACGCCCUCAGCAGGUGCCCACUUCCAGAAACGGGGGAGGAUCCAGCUCCAGCGAUGACCACCCUGCUAAUCGAGACAAUGGAGGAAGCCCGAAUUUCUGCAGCCGACAUCACGAGGGCCACCUCAAAGGACAAAAUACUGGCACGAAUUUUAAAUUGGAUCUGGAAGGGGUGGCCGGAGGAAAAAGACAUAAGCACAGAGUUCCUGCCAUACAAACGGAGGCAAAAUGAACUGUCAGGACUAAGGGGGUGCGUGUUGUGGGGGGAUAGAGUCAUUGUUCCAAACACACUAAGACAACAGACACUCAGAUUACUCCACGACGGGCACCCGGGGAUCGUGAGGAUGAAAGCCCUGGCCAGAAGCUACGUGUGGUGGCCCGGGAUGGACAAGGAAAUCGAGAUGUGGGUGUCCUCCUGCGCAAACUGCCAAGAGUCGAGGGCGGCACCAAACUCAGCCCCUGUCCACGACUGGGAAAACCCGGGAACACCAUGGGCCAGAUUGCACAUCGACUUCGCAGGGCCGUGCAAAGGGAAUACGUUCCUAGUCAUCGUGGACGCAUAUUCAAAGUGGCUUGAAGUAGUGCUCAUGUCGAUGACCACAGCAGACGCAGUGAUUAAAGUAUUGAGACGCCUAUUCGCCACACAUGGGAUUCCCGACCUCAUAAUCUCCGACAACGGGCCGCCGUUCACAUCAAACACCUUCGAGAUGUUCCUCGCUGACCAAGGAAUAAGGCACGCCUUAUCGGCCCCCAAAAAACCUUCGACGAACGGGUUGGCGGAACGGAUGGUGAGAUCUACAAAGGAGACGCUCAUGAGAUUAGGCCCAGGGGACAUUCAGGCCAAAUUAGAUAAACUAUUAGCCAUCCAGCACAUUACACCAAGCGCCACGACCCACCGAAGCCCAGCAGAAUUAUUAAUGGGCCGUAAGCUGAGAUCCCCUCUGGACAGACUGCACCCACAGUACAGCACAGAGAAGCCAACCGACUCCACGAGCAGAAUCCGAGAGUUCCAGCCAGGGGACAGAGUCUACGCAAAAAACCUGAGCGGAAACCCACUCUGGGUACCAGCAACAAUAACCCAGGUGAUGGGGCCCCUGUCCUACCAGGUCCAGACAACAGACGGCCAGCACUGGAAAAGGCACAUCGACCAGCUAAGGGGAAGAGUAACGAGAGUCGAGAGGGAAACCCAGCACAACAACCAGGGGGAAGGAAAAGACACGCAAGCGGUACCAGAGCGGGCCAAUACACAAACGCCAGUUCUGGACAUGCCUAACACCAGCCCGGAAGAAGAUAACAGCGAGCACGUACCUGAGUCCACGGAGGAGGCGACAGGCGCCGAAAGGAGCCGGCGGGGACAGCCAAGUAAAGUGGGAGAAGGAGGCGAAUCCACGCCGGAGACCGAGUUCGAGAGAGUUCCGGAGCCCACACAGAGGGAGCAGCGGACCUCAACCUCUCAACCCGAAGGCACCGGAAUGACUGAACUGCGCAGGUCCGGUCGAACCUCCAAGCGACCCGCCUACUUACGCGACUACAUAGCAUAG